AUGAAAGAAAGAAUUGAAGAGUUAGAAGCAGCAUUGCGAAGUUGCGAGAUUCGGAUUGAGCACUUGAAAUCUAAUGAAGAUCGUCAAGCCGAGCAGUUGCACUACUUUCAGAACCAAGUAAGAGAUAGAGAUCACAUUAUGGGAGAAGCCGUGCUUCAAAUCCGGGAGGUGGCUGAUCACCUGCAGAAGUUAGUAGUACAAUCUGAUGUGUUAAGCGUGAAAUACGAAUUAGAGUCAAGCUUUACCCCUCUGCACGCGCAUACUCAAGCUGAGCUGUACCCACAAAGACCCUUUGUUACAAUUAGACCCCAACAGUUUCAGACGAGUCCUCCAAUCGGAGUAGGUAACAAUCCCGGAGAGAAUCCUACCAAUCUCAUGGUCCCUGAUCUCGAUGACGUGGCAGAAGUGGAGAAAACGAAAGUGGAUCUGUCAAAGCAAUUAGAUGACCGAUGUAAAUGGCUGGAGGAGAAGUUCAAAGCCAUGGAAAAUGCUGAUUACCACCGAGGAAUGGACGCCAAAGAUCUAAGCUUGGUACCAGAUUUGGUCCUCCCUCCCAAAUUUAAGAUGCCAGAGUUUGAAAAAUAUGACGGGACAAGUUGUCCCGAAGCUCAUAUCACUAUGUUUUGCCGAAGGAUGACCGAGUACAUCAACAAUGAGCAACUGUUGGUUCACUGUUUUCAGGACAGUUUGAUCGGGUCAGCGGCUAGAUGGUACAAUCAAUUGAGUCGAACCGAAAUCCACUCCUGGAAAGAUUUGGCGCAGGCCUUUAUAAAGCAGUACAGACAUGUGAUGGAUAUAGCACCCGAUCGAAUUGUAUUGUAAAACAUGGAAAAGAAAACUAAUGAGAGCUUUCACCAGUAUGCUCGGAGAUGGAGGGAAGUAGCAGCACAAGUUCAACCACCACUUUUAGAGAAGGAGAUAACCAUGCUUUUUAUCAAUACCUUGAAAGCUCCAUUUCUCAAUCACAUGUUGGGCAGUGCCACUAAAAGCUUUUCAGACAUAGUGAUGUCUGGAGAAAUGAUAGAGAACGUCAUAAGAUGUGGCAAGAUAGAAGCAGGAGAAAGUAAUAAAAGGUUGGCUCCAAGGAAGAAGGAGCACGAGAUAAACAAUACAAGCAUGUUUAACAAGGACCAUUCUAAAACAAUUACGGUGGGACAAGCCAAAGCAGUAACCACUAAUCGGCAAGGUUCUUCGAAACAGGAAUCUAAUCCAAGGCCAAAUGUAGAGAGACUUCAAUUCACACCCAUCCCAGUGAUGUAUAGGGAAUUGUACCAGAACUUAUUCAAUGCACAUGUGGUAUCUCCAUAUUACCUGAAACCAAUGCAACCCCCAUACCCUAAGUGGUAUAACGCAAACGCCCAAUGCGAGUAUCACGCGGGGACCAAGGGGCAUUCGAUUGAAAACUGCACUGCAUUCAAGAAGUUAGUUGAAAAACUUAUCAAUUUGGGGAUCAUAAAGAUUGGAGAAGUGAGCUUGGUAAAUGCUUCAGGAGAGGAUGAAGGAUUCUAUACACGAAGUGGAAAACGCUAUGAUCCGGCAAACGCAAGAGUGGAAUCUGGAAAAGGAAAAGCCUUAGCGGUUGAAUUGGGAAAAGCAAAGACAGACAAAAUUGAGCCGCGUAUCAAUCAGCCAGUAACUGAAAAUGAGGCUAAUGAAUUUCUAAAAUUCUUAAAACAUAGCGAGUACAACGUGGUAGAGCAAUUACAUAAGCAAUCGGCUCGUAUCUCGAUGCUUGAAUUGCUUCUAAGUUCAGAGAUACAUCGUAAUGUGCUGAUUAAGGUGCUAAAUGAAACUUACGUCGCUGAUGAUAUCUCAGUGAAUAAGUUGGAUCGUUUGGUUAAUAAUAUCAGUGCCGACAAUUUCAUUUUCUUUAAUGAUGAUGAAAUACCGCCCGGGGGAAGAGGAGCCACCAAAGCCUUACAUAUUUCUACUUACUGCGGGAAAUAUAUGUUAUCAAGAGCAAUUGAUAAUGGAUCAGCCUUGAAUGUUUUACCCCUAUCCACCUUAAAUAGGUUACCGGUGGACAGCUCUCAUAUGAAAUCAUGCCAGAACAUAGUGAGAGCAUUUGAUGGUACCGAAAGAAAGGUGAUGGGGAGAAUAGAAGUACCUCUCCUGAUUGGCCCAAAUACGUACGAAGUGGAUUUCUUAGUGAUGGAUAUCAAGCCUUCGUAUAAUUGCUUGCUCGGGAGACCAUGGAUUCAUUCAGCAGGGGCAGUGCUUUUAUCAUUGCACCAGAAGUUGAAAUUAGUGACAGAAGGCCGGUUAAUUAUGGUUGACGCUGAGGAAGACAUCAUUGCAUCGGUAACCAGUGACGCACCAUAUUUGAGAGUGGAUGAUGAUGCGAUCGAAUGUUCUUUUCGAUCCUUAGAGUUCGUAAAUGUAACUUUUCUCACUGAGGGAAAGAAAAUCCCAAUGCCCAGCAUAUCUAAAGCCACAAGGAUGGGACUACAAAUGACAGUUGGGAAAGGAGCUGUGCCUGGAAGAGGACUGGGAAGAUGCCUUCAAGGAAGGAUAGAGGCACCAGUGGUGAAAGACAAACAAGACCGUUUUGGUUUAGGAUUUAAACCAAAUGCCAAGCAGAGAAGGAAAGAGUUAGAGAAAAGACAAGACGGGAGGAAGGCGCAUUUGAACGGAAAAGAAGUUGAUUGGGAACCUAUGGCUUUCCCCCACAUAUCCAGGACAUUUAUAUCAGGAGGAACCAUGUAUUCUGGACUGAGGACUCCAAGAAAGAAGAUCACAGAGGAAAUGUUAGGAAACUUGAGCAUCAAUGCCAUAUUUGAAGAAGAAUCUGAAGAAGGAAGUACAUCAGGCAUCUAUCCCGUUGAACCUCCUAGAGAAAAUGAAAACUUUUGUGAACUGAAAUGGGCUUAUAUUUGGACAUUGUCCCAAGAUAUCAAUGACAUGAGUGACUCUACUAUAGACUUAGAAAAUCAUUUUGAACGAGAUAUGUGUUUAGAGGAAUCUCAAGAUUUUGAAGAUAACACAGAUUGCAACCUAUCUCCAGACUUGUUGAGGAUGGUAGAGCAGGAAGAGAAACAGAUUCUACCUCACGAGGAGACGAUAGAGACAGUGAUCCUGGAAGAGGGAAAGGUGGUAAAGAUUGGCACGUGCAUAGCUAAAGAAGUGAAACAAGACCUUGUUAAAUUGCUUCGAGAGUUCAAAGAUGUCUUCGCAUGGUCAUACCAAGAUAUGCCGGGGUUAAGUACUGACAUCGUAGUUCACCGACUUCCUAUAAAGGAAGAUUGCAAACCAGUUCAGCAAAAACUCCGAAGAAUGAGGCCUGAUGUUGUGUUAAAAAUAAAAGAGGAGGUGCAAAAACAAUUCGAUGCUGGAUUCCUGCAAGUGGUCAAAUACUCCGAGUGGGUAGCUAAUACCGUUCCUGUCCCUAAAAAAGAUGGAAAGGUACGAAUGUGUGUAGAUUAUAGAGAUUUAAAUAAGGCUAGCCCAAAAGAUAACUUUCCCUUGCCGCACAUCGACGCCUUGGUGGACAACACAGCAGGGCAUUCGCUGUUUUCUUUCAUGGAUGGUUUCUCUGGAUACAACCAAAUUAAGAUGCAUCCUGAGGAUAUGAAGAAAACUACAUUCAUAACCCUAUGGGGAACCUUUUGUUAUAAGGUGAUGCCAUUUGGGUUGAAAAAUGUAGGGGCAACGUAUCAGAGGGCCAUGGUAACGCUGUUCCAUGAUAUGAUGCAUAAUGAGUUAGAAGUCUAUGUUGAUGACAUGAUUGCAAAAUCUAAAACAGAAAAGGAACAUGUGCAGGUCCUUAAGAAAUUAUUUAUGAGGUUGAGAAAAUUUCGGCUAAAGCUAAAUCCAGCAAAAUGCACAUUUAGAGUCAGAUCAGGAAAAUUGCUUGGGUUCGUGGCCAGUGAGAGAGGAAUUGAGAUUGAUCCUGACAAAGUAAGAGCAAUACAAGAAUUACCCCUGUCGCGUACUCAAAAUGAGGUUCGAGGUUUUCUAGGAAGGCUGAACUAUAUUGCUCGGUUCAUCUCACAGCUAACUGAGAAAUGCGACCCCAUAUUUCGCCUCCUCAAGAAACAUAAUCUAGGUGUAUGGAAUGAGGAAUGUCAAAAAAAUUUUGAAAAAGUCAAACAUUACUUAUCCAACGCCCCAAUGCUGAUGCCACCCUGCCCAGACAAACCGCUCAUACUGUAUUUGGCAGUAUUUAAAAAUUUCAUGAGAUGCGUGCUUGGUCAACAUGAUGAAUCAGGACGAAAGGAAAGAGCAAUCUACUAUCUCAGUAAGAAGUUCAUCGAAUGCGAAACAAGAUAUUCGCCAAUCGAGAAAUUAUGUUGUGCCCUAAUCUGGACAACUCGGAGACUGAGACAGUACAUGUUGUACCAUACGACCUGGUUAAUCUCUAAAUUGGACCCUCUAAAAUACUUGAUGGAGUCAACCGCUCUGAAUGGAAGAAUGGCCCGAUGGCAAAUUCUUCUAUCUGAAUUUGACAUAGUCUAUGUGAACCAGAAGGCGGUCAAAGGGAGUGCAAUAGCGGAAUUCCUAGCAAGUAGGGCUCUGGAUGAUUAUGAGCCAUUGAAAUUCGAUUUCCCAAAUGAGGAUUUGAUGUAUGUUGCAACUGUAGAGAAAGAUUUCCAAGAAGGUGGUCCUUGGAAGUUGAGUUUUGACGGAGCUUCAAAUGCUAUAGGCAACGGAAUUGGGGCAGUACUCGUGUCUCCUAGUGGAGAUUAUUAUCCUUUCACUAGCAAAUUGGACUUCGAUUGCACAAAUAACAUGGCUGAGUAUAAAGCUUGCAUUAUGGGCAUCCGGGCAGCCAUAGAGCGGAAAAUUAAAGUGCUAGAGGUAUACGGGGACUCUGCAUUAGUAAUUUACCAGCUCAAAGGGGAAUGGGAAACAAGAGACCCGAAGUUGGUUCGCUAUCGAAAAUUGGUUAUGGAUUUGAUAGAGGAAUUUGAUAGUGUCACCUUUAGUUACCUCCCACGAGAUGAAAAAUAGAUGGCAGAUGCUUUGGCCACUUUAGCCUCCAUGUUUAAAGUGAACAAAAUAGAAGAUAUGAAGCCUAUCCAGAUCAGCGUCUAUGAGGCUCCAGCCCAUUGUUGCAAAAUUGACAAUGAAGAGGAAAAGGAUGAUCACCCUUGGUACUAUGACAUAUUGCGAUAUGUGAAGAGUCGUGAGUACCCUGACCAUGCGACAGAAAAUGAUAAGAAGAUAUUAAGGAGAUUAGUCAUUGACUAUGUCCGAGAUGGGGAAAUUUUGUAUAAAAAGGGAAAAGAUCAAAUAUUGUUGAGAUGUGUGGAUGCUGUCGAGGCAAAAGAAAUUUUGGAAGAAGUGCAUGAAGGUAUCUGCGGAACGCAUGCCAAUGGCUUCACGAUGGCCAGACAAAUUAUGAGAUUUGGUCUAUGGGAUGGAAGCGGUUUACCCAUAGAAGUUGAAAUUCCUUCCCUCCUAGUAUUAGCUGAACUAAAGUUGGAUGAGGCUGAAUGA